AUAAUAAAGAAAAAAAGAAACAGGAGUUGAGGAGAGAGCAGAGUUUUCUUCAACAUAAAGGCUAAAGCUUUCUCUUUCUCUCUCUGAAUUUUGCUUUCGAAGUGGGGUCCAAUUCCAUCAAACGUAACCCCAACUGUCACGUAUUCUCUUCCCAACUGCGGACUACUUCUUCUGCUCUCUUUCUAUUCAAUCUUCUUUCGUCUUUGGCCAACAAGAACAUUGUAAUGCGUUGAGCUCUUUUUUCUACUUUCACUUUCCUUCCCAUUUUUUCUCUCUCUUUCCAUCCUAUACGACUCUACUCUUUCUUUUCUCUCCACUCUAUAUUGCCUGUCCAUUUCAGUUUUCUUCAUAAAAAAUCAGGGGUCGGUGCCAGAUAAGGCAUUUUCUCUGCUCCCAUCUUUUCUUUUUGGUUGUCAAAAGAUGCCACCUCCAUCAAAAUCUCCUUGUUUUUUCUCUUAUUACUACUGCUCUUUUUUUCUAUACCUCAGAUUUUCUUGAGUUUUUAUUCUUUUUUUAUUGGUGGGAGCUUGGAGCUUGCUUCUGAGAUUGAAGUAGAAUUUCCACACAAAAAAAGGAAAAAAAUCUGUCUUAAUUUGUCUGCCGUCAGAAUUUUCAAGAGAACUGAUUCGGAUGUUUAUAGAAAGAUUGGUUCUUGGUUGGUAUUCCUGGAAGAAGUGAGAAUUUGGUUGUUUCAAGUAGUUGGAAACAUGGCUUUCAAUGGGAGUUUUUCACUUAUAAUGGCAAAAAGAAACUGUUCAGUUUUUUUAGGACUUCGUUCUGUUGUACAGAAAUAGAAUAAUUCUGGCUUUGUUUUUUUUUUUUUUUUGGUUGUUUUCUGUGUGUUUGUGAAUGUGGCAAUCCAGCUUUAGGCCAUGCAAAGGCACAGCUUCAAGGAGAGUCAAGGCUUUGAUCGAUUCCCGAGUUGAUUACUUUGUAUGUUCUCUGUUGAUUGAAGAGUUGGGAAAUGAAUCCUUGAGGUGCCAUCAAUCUGUAAUCUUGCAAUUCAAUUGAUCUUUUCGUUGAAGUGAAGAUCCAAGAAAAAAGCAAAAAAAAUUUUUUUUUUUUGAGUCCUUUAUUGAGAACUUGAGGGGUUGGUUAAGGCUUGUGGAGGUAAAAAGACAGGUUUGAUACCUUGGUAUCCAAAAAAGCUUUGGGUUUGUACCUUGUGGUUUACGCUGUUUGGGAAACUUUAGUUGUUGAAAUUGGAAUGUUGUUAGUUUUAACUUUUAUGGUUAAAUAUCCAGCUACAUUUUGACUGCUGCUCUCUCCUACUUCUUGGUGGUAUCGAAUUUCAAGAAACUCUUUAUUUCAGGAUUUAGGUGCUGCAUGAGGGAGAUCAGAGCCAUAUUUGCAUCAAAAAGGCUUAAAGGAAAAGUGGGUUUACCAAUUUUAUAGGAAAAUUACAAACUGAUGAAUCUAAAAGCUGAUCUGUUAAAGAAAAUGUCUGGUUCUGCAUAAUCAAUGUCAAGAGUCUCUGCUGACCAUGUGAAAUUUGGGCUGAUCUGAUUGUAAGGAGAUUCUGUUCCCAGCUGACCAUUUCAAGUCUGCUUUGGACAAAAAAUUUUCGAGUAUCAAAGCAUUAUAAUCUCUAAUAAAAACCACACUAUCAUGGCCAAAAGAUCAAAUAGAUGCCUUAUGCGAUAUGAAAAGGAUCAGUUGGGCUGUAUGUGGGGCUUGAUUAGUAUGUUUGAUUUCCGCCAUGGUCGAUCAACUCAGAGACUGCUUUCUGAUAUAAGGCGUGGGUACAGAAAUGCAGUUGGUGUGGGAAAUUCAGGAAAUAAACUUAAUUCAGGUGAUAAUUGUCCAGGAACUCUUGAUGGUGAAGAGAAAACAACAGGGACUGAUGCAUGCAAGCCAACCAUGAAGAAACUCCUAGAAGAAGAAAUGUCUGGAGAGAAGGUUGCAAAGAAAGAGGUAAACAAUACCGAAGUUGAAGCAAAAGAGUUUGACUCUGGGCAAGGAGACAACGGAAGGCAGAGCCGGAAACGAAGAAACAAAACUUGCAGGAAAAGUUCUGGUAGCAGUCUUGAUAUGGAUGCUACCAAGACCUUGGUAUCAGAAGCAUCUUGUCAGCAUAAAUCAGAGCAACAAACUACAUGCAAUCUUGAUAUAGACAGUCUAAUGGAAGAGGUUUACCAAAAAAUCCAUCAGAACGGAAUCAGUUGUGUGAAUAAUGACCAGCCUGCUGAUGGUCAGCCAAACCAGAAGAGUUCUGGUUUCGAAGAAAGAUUAAGUGAGGCAAUCAAGUUCUUAGUGAGUCAGAAGCUCAUUAACAGGAAUCAACUUACUGAAGAUGGAGAACUCCAAGCCUCAAAAGAAGUCAUGGAUGCACUUCAAAUUUUGAGUUUAGAUGAGGAAUUGUUUUCGAAACUUCUACGAGAUCCAAACUCAUUGUUGGUGAAAUGUGUUCAAAACUUGCCAGAUGCUCAAUUAAAGGACAAAGAAUCUAAGCCUCUUGCGGGAUCUAACUUUUCGGAGCAGGAGCCUGUUGGUUCAAGACAAUCCAAUGAGCCUGUUAAUAGAAAACAGCGUAAUUUCUUUAGACGAAAACCCAAGACUCAGGAAAGAGACCUAUCUGAUGGAAAUAAGGUUUCUCAAACUUCAAAUAAAAUUUUAACUUUGAAGCCUGGGCCAACAAGCUUGCAAACUCCUGAAACAGGAAGCAGCCUUGGCGCAUCAUCAGAAUCUCAGUACAUCAUCAGACAUAGGGAGCCAAAUGAGAAAGUUGGUUCCUACUUUUUUCUUGCUGAAAUAAAACGAAAGUUGAAACAUGCUGUGGGAAGGGAGCAACAUGGAAUCCCCACUGAUGGUAUAUCCAAAAGAUUUCCUGGUGAGCGUCAAAAUUCAGGGGAAAGUGGAGGAGUUAAGGAAUAUAUUGGUAUGAAUUCUCCAACUAAAGACCACUUCUUUAUUGAAAGAGUUGCCACACCUUCCAUUGGUGUCAAAAAAGGAGAAAAGACAAGCAAGCUAAAAGGCUCUGAAAUGGGUACUGAAUAUGAGACUACUGAUUUUCCCAAGCAAAGGAUUUCGAACAUCUAUAUUGAGGCAAAGAAACAUCUCUCUGAGAUGCUAACAAUUGGGGAUGAAAAUGUGGAUCUUUCAAGCAGACAGGUUUCAAAAACCUUAGGGAGGAUUCUUUCUCUUCCUGAGUAUAACUUAUCCCCUGUUUGCAGCCCUGAGAGGAACGGGGAGCCUAGUUUUAUAACUGCGCAGAUGAGAUUUGCUGACCCUGAGAAAUUUCAGAAGGUGAAUGAAAACAAUCAACACAACCAUGUCAUCCAUCUAAGUCAAGUAGCAGAGAAGACAGAGAGCCAGAUUUGUAUUUCUGAUAACAAAACCUGUAAUGAAGUCCAAGGUGAUAAUGCAAUUUCAAGCAACCUUGACACUUGUAUGAAUGAUGACAAAGACGAUCUAAAAUUAUGUUCUACUAAAGAUGAAAUAAGUUCUGAAGGUGCUGUGAGUAUCGUUAAAGAAACUAAAAUGAUGGAUCAGAAAGAAAUCAAGCUCUUGAAUGCUUCUUCUGAAAGUGACUCUUCACUUACUACAGAUGACAAAAAUGUUAAUAUAUGUGAAGUUUGUGAUGAAAAACAAUAUCCUCAAUGCUUGAAACAGGAUUCAUCUGAAGAGGACCAACAGCCAUUUUCUCCAUUAGCAUCUCCAUCAAACUCAUCAGUCACCAAAAAUGUUGAAUGUCUAGAAAGUGUUGCUGAUAUACAAGAGCGGCCAAGUCCUGUAUCUGUUCUUGAGCCAAUAUUCGCCGAUGAUGUUAUCAGCCCUGCAAGCAUCAGAUCUCAUUCUGGUGAAACAUCCAUACAACCAAUAAGAAUUCUAUUCGAAGAAAAUGGCUCUUUAGCCAUAAAUCUCAGUAAUCGUAUUAAAUCUUGUAUGGAUGAUAAGGAAUCAAUAUUUGAGCACAUAAAAGCAGUGCUACAAGCCUCUAGCUUCAACUGGGAUGAACUCUACAUCAGGUCCCUUUCUUCAGACCUACUUCUUAACCCAUUGUUGCUUGACGAGAUAGAAUACUUGCCCAACCGGCUUUGUCAUGACCAAAAGCUGCUCUUUGAUUGCAUUAAUGAAGUUCUCAUGGAGAUUUGUGGGUACCAUUUUGGUUCCCCUGGAGUGUCAUUUGUUAAACCCAAUAUCCGUCCCAUCCCAAACUUGAAAAAUAGCAUUCAAGAGGUCUGGCAAGGAGUUUAUUGGCAUUUGCUCCCAAUGACGUUGCCUUGGACUUUGGACCAGAUAGUCAGAAAAGACAUGGCUAAGACAGGAACAUGGAUGGACCUUCGACUUGACACUGAUUGUAUUGGUGUUGAGAUGGGUGAAGCCAUCCUUGAAGAUUUAGUGGAAGACACCAUAAAAAGCUAUGUAAAUGAAAGUCUGGAAUGUGAAUAUCCUGUGCUUCCAGCUUAGCACAAGGACAACAAGAGUGUAAUCAACUUGUUAAAGGCAACUGACUCUGUUUUGUUCUUACUUCAUACCAAUAACGCACCUCACGUCAGGUCAGAGUGGGAGAAAAGCAAGCUAAUCAAGUCCUCUGCAAUAGAAGGAUGGGCAAUGACAUCCCAACAAGUAAGAGGGACUUCAUUUAACACUCCUUAAAGUGUUUUAUGCAUGAUGCUAUGGCUUUUUUCUAACCUUGCCAUUCAAAAUACAUCAAUUAACCAUUAACCAGGUGAUCCUACAAAGCAGCAACCGCGAAGUAUUUCCUAUUUCAUGUGCAGAGGUCCUUUGCAACUGCUCCUCGCAACAAUUAACAAGAAACAUCUGAUUUCAAAGGCCUUUCUGGGUUAAUUUUAAUCAAUGAAUAUACUCUUACAUCUGAAUCAGUGCAUUUCACCCGGUGUAAGUGACGAAAACUGUUAUUUCUCAUUGUAGAAUUUGUGGAGUUUGGUGUGUAUUGACUGUGUGGAUGGUGUGCUCUUCACUUUGAAUUGAUUUCAUUCAUUUUUGGGUUUGGUUAACUGGUUUCUUCCCUCUUGUAUCUGUGUGUUUCAGUAUUUAGAGUUGUGAGUGUUUAUGAGUGAAGUUAUGACUACACUGAUAAUGGGGUAGGAUUUCAUAGCCUGAUAUAUGUACCUGUAACAAGCAAUGCUUGCUGAAAAUGAUAAUAAAACCGAACAUCAAGCUUUUA